AUGCCGGCGGCGAGCGCCACGGGGCUCGGCGACCGACAGUUCGCAGCCAUGAAGUUCAGCCUAUCGCAGCUGUUCCGGUGUGCCAAGCCGCUCAAGGACGCGAUCGCCGAGGGGCUCCUCGGGUGCCCGCACACCAUCGCCAUGGUGCUAUCCUACGCCGACACGGCGACGCUCGUCACCUGCCUGCGCGUGAGCCGCGAGUUCCACCACAUGGCCGGCAAGAGCCUGUACCACACCAUCACGGUACGCGCGGGGCAAGAGCACCGGCUGCUGUGCGGCGUCGAGAGAGCCGUGACGACAAACUUCAAGACCCGCCUGCUCGCCAAUGUGCGGGUGCUGACCCUUGUCGGGUUCCCGUCGAUGUGCGAGCCGCACUGUAUGCGGAGACACACGCCCUUUUUCCCCAACCUCGACACCCUGCGCAUCGUCCACCUCCCGUCAUGGCACCCUCCGAACCAUCGCUGCAGCCUGCUGCAAGGGGUCGCGCCGCGCAAGGCAGUCAUACGCAACAUGGACGGGCUGCACAUGAACCUCCGGGUACACGAGACGCGGUGGAGCACAGCGAGGCUCGACACGCUCGUCAUCAUGCUCCCGACGCAUGGCUGGCUCCUGCAGAGCCCCGGGAGACUGCUCACCGGCUUUGAGAAGGUGCCGCGGGUCAAGGUCGUCUUCUGGCCGCUCGUGCGCCCGGCCGAGGUCAUGCCGACGACGGUCAACCCUGCGCUGAGUAGGUCGCGAUGCGAGAUGGGCAAGCUGACGCAAGUGAUACCGAGCCUGCGCGACCUGGUUAUCGGACGCCCGGAUAUGCAAGUGACGCUGUACGGCCUCGAGACGCUGCUCCUUGGCGAAGGCAGCCGCUUUGCAGCCGCCGUGCGGCAGGCGUACCCGCCCAACACGGUGCUCACGCAGGCGCUGCUCCAAGAACAUGUGCAAGCUGAGAUAUCCGCCGCGUGCGACGGGGACGGAGUCGCCGCCGUCCGCUUUCGCACCAGGGACGAGUAUGUUGCUGAUGUGGACGCGCGCGGGGGCGAGCUCAAGGCGGAGGACUGGGCGAGGCGUUAG